UUGGCUGGCCUCCGCUCAGUCGCUGGGAAAUUUGGGUCGGAGAUUCCCACUUUGCAGCUGCAUGACACACGAGCGGGUGCCGGCUGGAACCGGAGGCCAUACCAUGCUCCUUUGCGUCUGUACCUUCAUCCUUUUGGCAGCUAUUACAAGGCAAGAAUCUCAACUUGACUCAACCCAGUCAUGCUCAAGGCAGGUGUCUAUCCAAGGUGGCACCGUGUUGCUCUCAGAUGGGUAUCGCCAGGGUAGCCUCCUCACCUAUUCCUGCCCAGAUGGCACCUAUCCAUACCCGGUGCAAAGCCGGAUGUGCCAGUCAGAUGGAAACUGGUCUCCCAUGCGUUCGCCCUCCGGCAGACGAAUGACCCAAGCAUCGUGCCGAGACAUGCGAUGUCCUCCUCAGCAGGUCUUUGAAAAUGGCUUCUUUGGCCCACGGCUAAGUGCACACCGUGUUGGCAGUGUCUUGAAUUUUGAGUGUUUCGAUGGAUACCAGCUCCACGGUUCAGCCCAGCGGCAUUGCCAGCCCAACGGCCGCUGGAACGGAACUUCCCCAGUCUGCGAUGAUGGAGCGGGACAUUGCCAGAGUCUCCCCAUCCCACCAGGAGCACUUUCCAGUGGGGGGCGUAAUCGCCUUGGUGAUCGGGUCUCAUUCCAGUGUAUGAAGGGACUGGACUUGGUAGGGUCAUCCCAGCAUGUUUGCACUCCAGAGGGGGAGUGGUCAGGAGCCGAGACAAGCUGUAGAGCCCCUUACUCUUACGAUCGGGCUGAAGAUGUUGGAGCUGAAUUUGGGGCCUCAUUGACCAAUGUUCUGAGUGUGGCAUCAUCUGGGUCUGACCACACACAAGGUCAGUCUUUAGGACGAAGACUUAUCCUGUCCCAAGACAGUUACCUCCAUGUCUACUUGCUUGCAGAUGCCUCCCACAGCGUCACUAAAGAAAACUUUGAGAUCUUUAAAAACUCUCUGGAAAUUAUCAUUGACAGGAUUGCCAGCUUUGAAGUGCCAGUCAGGUUCGCCGUAUUCUCUUACGCCAGCAAGCCGAAGAAAAUCGUUGACACCUUUGAUGAUAUAGCUGAAGAUGCAGACCUGGUUAUCGAAAAGAUGAAGGACAAAAUGAAAUACGAAGACCAUGGCAAUGCCACAGGGACCAACAUCCAGGAAGCGCUGAAGGCUGUCUACCACAUGAUGCUCAACCACCGAGCGUUUAAUGACAAGCACUGGGAUACGAUCCGCCAUGCCAUCAUUCUUCUCACAGACGGGAAGUCCAAUAUGGGUGGCUCCCCCACAAAUGCUACGCGCAGUAUAGAAGGCCUCCUAGAUGUGGCAAGAAACCGAAAAGACUAUCUGGAUAUCUACGUCUUUGGUGUUGGAAACCUGGAUGUGGACUGGGAGGCUAUGAACGAGGUGGCAUCGAAGAAGGCAGGCGAAAGACACGUCUUCAUCCUGAAAGAUCCUGUGGAGCUCAAGAAAGCCUUUGAAGACGUUCUGGAUCCCAGAGAUCUGAAGGAUCUAUGCGGUAUGGCAAACAGCUCGGCUAGCGCCCGGUGGGAUCACCAGCAACCGUGGCAUGUCAUGCUUCAACAUAAUACACAGAGAGAACCUAGUUGUCGGGGUGCCUUGAUCUCUAAGACAUGGGUCCUGACAGCCGCUCAUUGCUUCAGCAAGUUUAACUACACUCCCGAAUGGAAUGUCAUUCUGGCUGACAAGACUGCUGACAGGGCUGCAUUCCAAAUAAAGAGACGAAUCGACCAUGACUUAUACAACGUCCGAGCUAAGGCAGCCCAGGGCAUCAAUGAAUUCUACGACUAUGACAUCUCCCUGCUUGAAUUGGAUGUACCUGCGCAGGUAGCUGAGAAACUCAGGCCGAUCUGUCUUCCCUGCACCACAGGUGCCAACAAAGCUCUGAAAAAGCCAGAGGCCGCAACAUGCAAGGAUCACGAGUUGGACCUACUGAGUUUUGAGAAGGUACCUGCACAGUUUAUAUCCCUGGACAACGAGAGACUGAACGUACUGAUCAAAACAAAGAAAAGUCGCCCUAAGUGCAUUUCUGCUGCUGUCCAACACGAGCUGUACUCCAAAGUGACCAACGUCUCUGAAGUUGUGACCGACCGAUUCCUGUGCAGUGGAGCAGAUGGGAAUGGUGUGGUGGAAGAUGCAUCUUGCAAAGGUGAAUCUGGGGGGUCCUUGUUUGUAGAGAGGCGAGCCAGAUACUUCCAGGUGGGUGUGAUCAGCUGGGGUACGUUUGAUCCUUGUGAAAAGAAGGGGAAAAGUGCGGCAUCUGAACACAGAGCUCGGGAAAUCCCCAAGCGGGGCCAGAAGCCACGAGAUUUCUACAUCAGCCUGUUUCGCGUGCAGGACUGGCUGCGACGACAUCUAGCUGGAUCCUUGAGAUUUAUCCCUCAGCAACUAGCUUUGUGGAGUGAGCCCAAAAGUUUCACAAGUUAUCAGAGCUGCAGCUCCUAUAACAGAGACGGAACCUGCCAGCCGGGAGAGACGAAGGGCCAGUUGACAGGAGAACCAGAAAUGCAGCUGCGUUGCCAGCUUUUCUACAUACUCCUUGCCCUUGGGGCAUUUUUUACAGGUGCAACUGACGGAGCCUGUGACCCGCAGAAAGCUGCGAUUGCAGGGGGCAAUUACACAUGGCUGGAGGAGGGAAUUAUAAUAAAAUAUCAUUGUCCAGAUGGAAAAUAUCCCCAUCCUACCGAAAUCCGGACUUGUCACGGCUCGCGUUGGGAGCUCAUGAGGGAUGCGCAGCAGAGGCCUGUCAGAAAGGCAGAGUGUCGAGACAUUCGAUGCACCAGGCCUCUAGAGUUUGAAAACGGCCUGUAUGAACCCCGACAGCCCUACUACAAUAUAAGCCAGGAACUGAGGUUUGAAUGCUACCAGGGGUACAUGCUGCGUGGGUCCCAGAACCGCACAUGCCUCCCCCAUGGGAAAUGGAGUGGACAGACGACUGUUUGUGACGAUAAAGCCGGCCAUUGCCUCAACCCUGGUAUCCCUAUUGGUGCCCGAAAAGAAGGCAGAAGGUACCGAAUAGAAGACCGGGUCCGGUACCACUGUGACAAUGGACUUGCUCUCAUGGGAUCACAAUAUCGGGUUUGCCAAGAAUCAAGAGCCUGGACUGGAACAGAACCAGAAUGCCGCAGUCCAUUCACCUAUGACACCCCAAAAGAAGUCUCUUCUCAGUUCAUCUCAUCGCUUACUGAAGUUGCGGAGUCCUCAGAUCCCGAUAAAGUUGUUUCGGACACAGAACAGCGUAAGAUCAGAAUCACUCCUGGUGGCUCGAUGAACAUUUACAUUGUUCUAGACGCCUCUCAAAGUGUGGGCAAGAAGAAUUUCGACGAGGCCAAGGAUGUGAUAAACAAGCUGAUUGAGAAGGUCUCCAGCUAUGACAUCACCCCAAAUUACGGCGUCAUCACUUUUGCCACCCAACCCAAAGUGAUCGUGUCGACAGCUGACCAGCACAGCAGUAACGCUGCUUGGGUUAUCGAUCAACUGGAGAAGCUCAGGCAUGAAGAUCACUCACUUCAGCCGGGGACAAACAUAAAGGCUGGUUUGACAUCAGUCUAUGAAAUGAUGAGCAAUCAACAAGAAGAUGAACUCCGGCGGCAUUUGAAUCCCCUCCCUAUUAUCACCACCACCCGUCACGUUAUCCUUCUCCUCACUGAUGGCAAUUAUAACAUGGGGGGUGAUCCAACUCCUGUCAUCGGUCAAAUCCGGGAAUUCCUCAAUAUUGGGCGUGAGAGAGUUGAGCAUCGUGAGGAUUACCUGGAUGUCUACGUGUUUGGUAUCGGGGAGAUGGUCAGAAUUGAAAAAGUGAACGAGUGGGCCUCUAAGAAAACCGGCGAGAAGCACGUCUUUAAACUUGAAAACCUUGAAGCGAUGCAGAAGGUCUUUGAUGAAAUGAUCGAUGAAAUUGAGGCAUUGAGCAUGUGUGGCUUGGCUAAGGAGUACAACAGUGCCGAUGAUGAAGAAAAGAAUCCCUGGCUUGUCAGUAUCUCCAUCUUGCGUCCUGGGCGUGGAACUGAGAUGUGCAAAGGAACCCUCAUUUCUGAGAAAUGCGUCUUGACGGCCGCUCAUUGUUUCACCAUUGAUGAUACAGCUGACGAUAUCAAAGUAAAGAUAGGCGAAAAAAUGUUCCAUGCAGCUGCACUCAAAUCCCACCCUCAGUAUACCGUUGGGAAGCUACGAAAUCUUGGGAUCCCCGAAUUCUAUGAUUAUGACGUUGCCUUGUUGACGCUUCAAGAAAAAGUCACGUUCAGCUCUAAAGCAAGGCCAAUCUGCUUGCCGUGCACAGCAGGAACCACUCGUGCACUGAGGAGGCCCCAUCCACAGACGACCUGCAUGGAUCAUGAGGAAGAACUGAUGUCCAUUGGGGACAUCCCAGCAUUCUUUGUAACUCCCUGUCGGGAUAUGUCCACUCCAGUGCCGGGGUUGCGUCGCAGAACUGUGAGGAUCAAGAGCAGUGACAAGAAACAGUCCUGUGAAGCAGAUGCAAAGAAAGCCAAACAGUACCAGAAUGUCACAGAUGUCUCGCAGGUGGUGACUGAACGUUUCCUGUGUACGGGAGGCAUUGAACCUCAGGUGGACCCCAACACUUGCAAAGGUGAUUCUGGUGGCCCCCUGAUCAUCUCUAAAAGGCUUCGUUACAUCCAGGUGGGUGUGAUCAGUUGGGGUGUGGUGGACGUCUGUAAAACCAGGGAGCAAACAGAUUGUAAGAGGGACCUCCUGGAGCGCGCCCCCUCCCAUGCCAGGGACUUCCAUAUCAACCUCUUCAAGGUCUUGCCAUGGCUCAGGCAGGAGCUGCGUGAGGAAGGCCUGGACUUCCUCAACUAAGAAGAAAGGGGGGGGGGGAAUUAACCUUGCUCUCACACCCUUUGCUCUUCCCACGCCAGCUGGUGAUGUUCUGUGUAAAUAAAACUGGUGUCCUUAAAUCCUGUAAAGUCCAUGUAGUGUAAAUGGUUGUGUAUUAAAAUGCUACUGUGUGAGAAGUAA